UGGAGCUGAGAAAUUAAAGAUCAUAUCGUGGUUGAUCUAUCGGAGGAUGUGGAAGUUGAAGAUUGCGGAGGGGAAGGGGCGGUGGCUGACGACCACCAACGACCACAUCGGAAGGCAACACUGGGAGUUCGACCCCGACGCCGGAACGCCGGAGGAGAGAGCUCAGGUUCAACAAAUGCGCCGAGAUUUCACCAACAACAGGUUCCGCUGCAAGCAAAGCUCCGACUUGAUCAUGCGCAUGCAGCUAAGGAAGGAGAAGCCGUGCGGUGGGAUUCCGGCGGCGGUUAAGGUGGAGAAAACGGAGGACAUAACCGGAGACGCGGUGAAAACCAGUGUGAUAAGGAGCAUAAGUUUCUAUUCAACCAUACAAGGCCGUGAUGGGCAUUGGCCUGCCGAGUCUGCUGGUCCUUUGUUCUUCCUGCAACCUCUGGUAAUAUCGUUGUAUGUCAUGGGAAUGGUGAAUGACGUUUUAUCAGCAGAACAUCAAAAGGAGAUCAUCCGUUAUAUAUACAAUCAUCAGAAUGAAGAUGGUGGUUGGGGAUUUCACAUAGAGGGUCACAGCACAAUGUUUGGGACGGUUCUGAGCUACAUCGCAUUGAGACUGUUAGGAGAAGAAGCAGAAGACGACAGAGGAGAGGACACGACUGUGGCUAGCAGCCGCCGGUGGAUCCUUGACCACGGCGGCGCGGUUGCCAUUCCUUCUUGGGGAAAAUUCUGGCUUGCCGUACUUGGAGUCUAUGAAUGGGAAGGGUGUAACCCAUUGCCACCUGAGUUUUGGCUUCUCCCUAAAUUAUUUCCUAUUCAUCCAGGAAAAAUGCUGUGUUAUUGCCGGUUAGUGUACAUGCCGAUGUCGUAUCUAUAUGGGAAGCGGUUUGUCGGAAAGAUAACGUCAUUGGUGGAAUCAUUAAGGAAGGAGAUUCAUUCCCAAUCAUAUGCUAAAAUCAAUUGGAACCAUGCCAGGAAUACUUGUGCCAGGGAAGAUCUGUAUUACCCUCAUCCUUUAAUGCAAGAUAUGUUAUGGGGGUUUGUUCACCAUAUUGCUGAGCCCAUUUUGGGGAGAUGGCCAUUUACCAAGCUAAUAAGAGAGAAGGCUUUGAAGAUCGCCAUAGAGCAUGUUCACUAUGAGGAUGAGAACAGCAGAUAUCUUUGCAUUGGUUGUGUGGAAAAAGUGUUAUGCCUUAUGGCUUGUUGGGUGGAAGAUCCAACGUCAGAAGCAUGCAAACGCCAUCUUGCUCGCCUUCCUGAUUACUUUUGGAUUGCUGAAGAUGGUUUGAAAAUACAGUCAUUUGGGUGUCAAAUGUGGGAUACAGCCUUUGCUAUUCAAGCAAUCUUAUCAAGUGAUGACCUUACUCAACAAUAUGCCCAAACCCUAAGGAAAGGACACCACUUUAUAAAAGCAUCACAGGUACGAGAUAAUCCCUCUGGAGAUUUUAGUAAAAUGUAUCGACACAUUUCAAAAGGGGCUUGGACAUUUUCCAUGCAAGACCAUGGUUGGCAAGUCUCCGACUGCACUGCUGAAGGACUUAAGGUUGCCCUAUUACUUUCACAACUGCCCGAAGAAUUGGUUGGGGAAAAAAUUGAGACUGAAUGCUUGUUCGAUGCUGUUAAUGUCAUCUUAUCAUUGCAGAGUCCCAAUGGUGGUCUUCCAGCGUGGGAGCCUCAGCGAGCCUAUCGUUGGUUGGAGAAACUCAACCCUACCGAAUUUUUUGAAGACACUCUUAUAGAAAGAGAGUAUGUUGAGUGUACUUCAGCGGCAAUCCAAGCCUUAGUGCUUUUCAAGAAGCUACAUCCACGACACCGGACAAAGGAAAUUGAUGGCUGCAUCUCCAAAGGGUUACAAUAUAUUCAAAAUACACAAAAUUCAGAUGGGUCAUGGACGGGUAGUUGGGGAAUUUGCUAUACUUAUGGGAGUUGGUUUGGAGUGGGAGGGUUAGUUGCUUGUGGAAAAAGUUACAAUAAUUGCGAGUCUCUUUACAAGGCUUGUACUUUUCUUAUAUCAAAGCAAUUGCCAGAUGGUGGAUGGGGUGAAAGUUACCUUUCAAGCUCAAGAAAGGUGUAUACCAAUCUUGAAGGCAACCGCUCAAAUUUGGUUCAAACAUCAUGGGCUUUGUUAUCUCUGAUUGACGCUGGUCAGUUUGAAAUUGAUCCAACUCCUAUACAUCGAGGAAUAAAAUUGUUGAUAAACUCUCAAAUGGAAGACGGUGAUUUUCCACAACAGGAAAUCACAGGAGCGUUCAUGAAAAAUUGCACCCUAAACUAUUCCUCAUACCGAAAUAUAUUUCCAAUAUGGGCUCUUGGGAAAUAUCGUCGCCGUGUGCUAUUUGCAGAGUAAUCAUACAUGCAAUAUUGUAUUAUUCAUUCAAUGUCUCUAAUAAUACAUGACGAAAAGUGUAACCUUUAUGCAUUCAUAUAUGUUUUAUUUAAUUUUAGUACUCUAUCUAUUAUCAUGUUGAUUGUACCAAAAAAAAACAAAAAUGUUUUAUGUAUAAUAUUGCGAGUCAAGAUUUUAAUUA